CAUCAGGUGGAAGUUUGUACACCUUUCAUGUUUGUGCUCAUGGUUAUCUAAUUCAGGUGGUUGUCCGUUUCUCUCAGUUAUGCAGGUGCCACACUGAGCAGACAACUACAUAUUUGAUUACCCAUUCAUCCCCAUGGUAAUUGUAAACCAGAGUUGUCACAGUUGGUCAUGAAGUGAAUAAAAGGGAUUUGAUAUGAAAAUGGCCUAUGGACUGAGACAUCAUGGGUGGUAUGCAGAUAUAUCUACAGGUGUCAUGAAGCACAGAAUAUCCUUUAAUUAGGGGGUAUAAGCCUCGAGAUGCAUUGCAUUAAAAUAAAAGCGUAUUGUUGAUGUUUGUCUGUAUGUGAUGUUGUACAGUAAUUACUUAUUCACCGUGACUAGGCAGUGGGCAGAGGGCAUGCCACUUGUUAUUAGUUUGUGUGUUGUCAGGGCUGUCUGUCCCACAAUGUGUUGCUUCUCCUUGCAGGUGUUUGGUCAAGCGCCCACGUGAGCAUAAAUAUAUUACAAAAUAAAGAUGUAAUCCAGUUGAGUACAAAAACGUAUUUAUAGAGGCUUUUCCCUGCUGCUAUGAAACAGUAAGUAAGAAUCAAAGAAAAAACACUGUUAGGUAGAGAAAAUUAGAUUGGAGCCUUGGUGGUUUGUAAACAUUAUGACCAAAAUUUAAAUAGAGUUAUCAAGAACGAGACAGACCAUCAGCGAGUCUUUGCUGGCAAUGGAAAAUAGACAGCAAGUGAUGGUGGAGAUUCAACUGUAUAAAAGUAUGUAUUGCUUAAUAUAUGCCUAUGGAAUCCUAUGCUUAUAAUCCAAGAUCCAUUUUUGCUAAAACAAUUGUAUCUGCAUGUUUGUAUUUGUAGGCUAUGUCUACCUUCUCAGGAAGCUACAGAACUUCUUAAAGGAGUACACUCGGUUAUAGUAAUUCAAUAGCCAGCCACAUCCUAUAGCCUAAAGUUACUCUGGUAUAUGCCCAUACACUUGCCCCUGGUGUAUCCACCAUAAACAUGGCACAGUAGAUCUGUCAGUGGGUAGAAUGAAAAUGCACCAGCAAGUUUGAAUAUGAGGCACGAUAAUGACAAAACCCAGACGAAUGCUCAUCACAGCCAGGUAGAUUUCCAACCUGUCACUUCCAUCUAAGUGGGAGGCGUUUCAAUGGUUGGGGCGGAACGACAAGGGAGUCCAAUGGGCGUGUGGCACGAUGAUGCGCUCCCCAGAGGCCUUGCCUCCCUUGGGACCGCGCCUGCCGCAGUGGACCGAAGUUUGUGUGGGCCACUUAGGAGGUGAGCCUGCCAGACGGCACAGACUUUCCCAGUGCAGAAUCAGCGAGAUGAAGAGCAGCGUCGACCCGUCAUCAUGUGCUCUAGGCUCCCAAGGACCGCCUGCCUACUGCGACUCAUUGAGCUCUGCAUCCUCCUCUCGCACACUGCAGCAUAUUUUGGGCUGACAGGCCGAGAGCCCUUGGUCUUUUUGCCUGCCCCGUUCUCCAAUGAACCCCCAACGGGAAAAGCUCACCUAAAACAAUGCGAGCAGAUGACCCUGACCCGUAGACAGAAACGAAUGUGUCGCCGCGAGCCGGGUUUGGCCGAGACGCUGCGUGAAUCAGUGCGCCUCAGCCUCUUGGAGUGCCGUUAUCAAUUCCGGAACGAGCGCUGGAACUGUAGCUUGGACGGCCGCGGGAGUCUUCUGAAAAGAGGCUUCAAGGAGACGGCCUUUCUUCUUGCGGUGUCUUCAGCGGCAUUGUCCCACGCACUAGCAAAGGCUUGCAGCUCAGGCCGAAUGGAGAGGUGCACAUGCGAUGACUCCCCAGGAAUACAGCAUCGCGAGGCAUGGCAGUGGGGGGUCUGCGGUGACAACUUGAAAUACAGCACCAAAUUUCUCAAGAAGUUCUUGGGCCAGAAGAGGGUCAGCAAAGACCUGAGGGCGCAGAUCGACUCCCACAACAUUAACGUUGGAAUCCGGGCAGUGAAGAGUGGCCUGAAGACUACCUGUAAGUGUCACGGCGUCUCCGGUUCCUGUGCCGUGCGGACCUGCUGGAAGCAGCUGUCCCCGUUCCACGACACCGGGCGGCUGCUCAAGUUCCGCUAUGACACGGCCGUGCGUGUGCUGAGCGUCACCAACGCGGCCACCGGGGAGACGGAGCUGGCGGGGCCGCGUCGCCACGGUCAGAGCCACCGCUCCACUGACCUGGUGUUCCUGGAGGACUCCCCCAGCUUCUGCAGGCCGUCACGCUACUCUCCCGGCACGGCCGGACGCUCCUGCGCCAAGGACACCAGCUGCCAGAGCCUUUGCUGCGGGCGCGGCUACAACACAGCCAUGCACCUCACCACCCUCUCCUGCCACUGCCAGGUGCGCUGGUGCUGCCAUGUAGAGUGCCAAACCUGUGUCAGGGAGGAGGAAGUGUACACCUGCAAAAAUACCUGAAAAGGGGGAGAGAUAGAGACAAAGAGAGGAAAAGAUGGGGAGAGGAAAACGAGAACAUUCAAACUGGCAGGACUAGAACCACUCAGACAUUACUCUUGAUAAAUUAAAGGGUUUGACUUUUAAACAUACCCUUACAGAUGCCUGUUCUGAACUGAGAACAGUUUUGGGAAGCAUGGAAAUGGAACAAGGUCAUAAUGUUGUUGGUAGUUUGCCACUUGUCGGAAUCGAACAUGCGCUGUCUCCUCAGAUGAGGCAGUAUCAAGACCACUUUCUGCUUUGCUCUUACUGAAUGCACUGACAUCACAGACCUUAAGUGAGAGGGAGAGAGGGUUGCCUUGCUGGACAGUUAUGGGCAGGGAAUGGGCUCUUCACAAGGUACUGGAAUGGACAGUAGGUCACCAUCAUUAUUUGGCAACAUCAUCUCUGUGGGAGCGCUGACAGUUCCAUUGGUCCUGUCCUCUUGUCAGUCUGUUCCUUAGUCUGUUUGUCUAACUGCUACUAUGCUGUAGUACUUACAUAAAGAUUUAGAGCAUUUCCAAAGCGGCAGAAAAUGCCAAAAAGGAAUCUAGAGCCUCUUGACGUCUGUCUCCCCUUCUCAUUUGCUGUUUGCUUGUCUCUUUAUUUGCUGUGAGAGCAGUUCAUUCAUUCAUAAUAGAAAAAUGAAGCACUUAUGUUGGCUAUGUUAUGUAUAGUACUUUACUCCUUUGCUUUAAGGUCAGAAAUGUAUCUGGGCCAAUACUGAUAUCCACCACACACCUUAAAAAGUCCCAUUGAAUCACUGAAUGUCUGAACAUGGAAUGUUAGUACAGGUUGCCUAUAAUCACAGCGAGUUAGUAUGCCAUUUAUGACUAAACGCAGUCAUAGGGUUAUUGUGUGGUAAAGUAGACCUGUUGUCUCUUGUGAGAAUGUCUAUGAUAAUACUACAUGUUUUACAUUGUUAAUACAGUAAAGGAAAAAUGCAAAGGAAAUUGCACUCAAACUAAGGGAAACUCCAAACAGUGUCCAUAAAAACGGCUAUGCAAAGUUCUUCUCUUGCUGACACUGUAAAGAACUUUGCUCUAUUUUUUAUUUAUAAGUGGGCAUGUCUGCACGCACUGUGCUGUGCUUUCAAGUGUGUUCCCCUGACCAAAUCAAACCGUUUUCUCGACAGUCUAAUUCAGGCACAUCUUUGUUCUCUAAUGUCUUUGAAAUGGCCCAAUCAUGCUGCUUGUUUUCUCAAUUACCAAUCAGAGGAAAUAGCCGUAUUUGACUCUGCCAUUCCUCCAGUUCUCCAUGCCAGACCUCGUGUCUGUCCGUGGGUUGGGGUUAAAGGUCCAUAUCUGCCCCUAGGGCUUUUAGGCACCCAUUUAUGUUUCCAAUAUUCUUUACAAUCGUUUCAGUUCCCUGUGCCAGUGUUUCUUUUCUUGUUUAUGCAGAGAUGUAGAGUUAUGUACAUGGAUAUAACUCAUAUCAGGCUCAAAGCAUAUUAGACAGUGGAAUCGUAUAUAUCUCUACCUCAUCUGGUCUUUGGGCAAUUAUCAUAAUGAUUUAUUUGCCUUGCAAAUACUUUCCUGUGUCUGUCAUGAAACUAAAGUCAAACUUUUAGAUCAAUGUACAAUUCCUUUAAACUGGGUCAUAGCUGUAUACUGUAACAAUAUGAUUUACAUUGUGACAUACUGUAUAUUCUUAUUUAAAAGCGAUUCAAAUAAAUCAACAUAUACAU